AUGGAUCAUGAGGUUUCUUGCGUCACAAGCUUAAAUCUGAGCUUAGGCGAUCAUGGUUUUCCGACAAACCAUCUUAUUUAUCUUCAUGAUGAAGAGCAAGAGCAAGAACAAGAACAACUAGAAAGGAAAUCUAUUCUGAAAUGGGAUCGGUGCGUCCCUUGUUUGAAAUUAGGGUUAGGUAGAGAUCAAGAAAGGCAUCCAGAUCCAAUCAACUGGAUACCACAAGCUUCAAACUCGACUGUCAAUACAAUUUCUUCAUUCUCUAAAUCGACAAGUAUCAAGAGGGAGAGAGACGGUGGUAGUCAAGAGGUGGAGAAGGUGUUGUCGAAAGCUGUUAUUGAAAUUGACCAAGAUGAAUCCGAAGGACGUGGUGCAAGGAAGAAACUGAGAUUGACAAAUGAACAAACUUUAGUGUUGGAAGAAAGCUUCAAACAACAUGACACCCUUAAUCGUAAGCAAAAGCAAGCCCUGGCAACAAGUCUUGUUCUACAGCAACGACAAGUUGAGGUAUGGUUCCAGAAUAGACGAGCGAGGACGAAACUAAAGCAAAAUGAAGUAGACUGUACACUACUUAAGAAGUGUUGUGAAGCACUAAAAAGUGAUAACAAAAGGCUAGAAAAGGAAAUUCAAGAACUCAAAGCAAUAAGAACCACCAUCUCCGUCCCUCCGCAAUUCAACAUACAGUUUCCGGCAGCAAGCCACAGCAUGUGCCUUUCUUGUGAGAAAAUUGUCUCUCGUUGUGUUAGUGGCGGUGGCGGGCGGCGGUGA